AUGUCACUCAUUCUUGCAUUAACUGCAAUCAGUCUUUCUACUGCCGCCAACGCGCUGCCGGCCCAACCCGGUAUUGACUGGCAGCCUUGCCUUGAGUUGAACAGGAAUAUAUCAGCGCUAGUUGGAGUGGAGGGAACGCCUUUUGAUUGCGCGAAACUCUCCGUGCCUCUGGACUAUACCAACCCCGAAUCGGAGCCACUUGACCUGGACUUGUUCAGAGUCAAUGCCACAGAGGAGCCGGUGCUGGGAACAGUACUGAUCAACUUCGGUGGACCAGGCGGCACGGCCGCCGAGAAUCUGCCGAUACUCGCUGCAGAACUGGCCGCGAAUAUCGGCGAACAGUGGAAUCUCUUAUCAUGGGACCCCCGCGGCACCGGCAAGACCAUCCCAUUCGACUGCAGGAUUGAAGAUCCCAGAACAACCAUAAGCACCCGCAAGCGCGACAAUGAUGUAUUGGUUAGUGGUAAUCUUACGGAACGUUUCUUGAAUGGGGGUUGGGAUACCGCUGGGGUGAUUGCAGAUGCAUGCUACACUGCUAUGAACGGGACUGGCUCAUAUAUCGGCACGGCGUUUGUUGCGCGUGACAUGAUGGAAAUUGUCGAUGCUUUGGGCGAAGACGGCCUCUUGCGCUACUUUGGCUGGUCGUAUGGCACUGCUCUUGGUUCGUAUGUUGCAGCAAUGUUCCCUGAACGGAUAGAGAGAGUCGUGCUCGAUGCAAAUGUGAACCCCCACGACUAUCAGAUCGGCCACUAUGGAGAGGCCUUCGUCGACGCAGACAAGGCUCUGUUAGCUUUUCUAGAGGAGUGCUUGAAGAACAAGGACGAAUGCGCUCUGGCACAGUACACGAAUGCCAAUGAGACAGCAGACCUGCUCAACCCCAUCAACCAGCUUCUGACACCGGUGGCAUCGAACGCCAGUACCAGUACCGAAGCGUGGAGCUCGUUCACUGGCAUCCAAGGGAUAAUCCUCCAACAACUGUACUAUCCCUUCAAUUGGCCCACACUGGCAGAAACAAUUACCAAUGUUCUCAAUGGAACGGACACCCAAACAGCUGGCGCUGCUCCCGAACCCAUGGUGGAACCAUACAAUCUCGGCGAUCCUUGGGCCACGGUCGGCAUUCGGGCCAGCGACGCCCUCUGGCGGACCAACUCCGCCCAGGAGUACUUGCCUCAGGUCGAGUAUCAAAAUACCGUGAGCUCGUUCAACUUUCCAUACGAAUCACUCUGGACAUCAGCCCGCUGGAAGAUGGACGCAAAAGAGCGAUACACGGGUGACUUUAGGGUAAAGACGAAGCACCCGAUCUUGUAUGUGAACGGCGAGUAUGAUCCAACCACACCCCUUGCAAGUGCCUACAAUGGUAGCGCGAGCUUUGAAGGAAGCGUUGUGCUGCCACAUAGCGGUUACGGCCACGGUGUACUUGUUUCUCCCUCGGAAUGCCUGGCCAGGCACAUCCAGGCAUAUUUCAAAGAUGGUAUGCUCCCUGAGCGUGGUACUCGUUGCGAGCCUGAUCUGGGUCCAUGGGAGCAGGCGAGGGCAAGGGCCGAAGGAACGACGGGUGGCUCAGGCGGAAAUACUACCGCAGAAGCAGUCACUAGUUCUGGGAGCCGCGAGAUCAUCUCUCGUGUGCUUCCAUUCGCGGGAGCGCUGGCGGCGGCGGGCAUGAGCGUAUUGUAG